ACCCGCUAAAACUGGGACAAUAAUCGAUUGACUAAAAUGCGUUCAAAAUGGAGUUUGACUUCGCUCAUUAUUAUUUAUUAAAAGUACACGGUAGAGGAUAUCAUUCUCCAGUCGGGCGAUAUAUUUCGUUCGUAUCCUACCCACAUACAGCGAAGGCAUAUCCAACGAGACUGUGUGAAACAGGGUGUUACUAUACGGGAUUUCAAGACGAGGUUAAAUGUCAUGUUUGCACAUUUACAUACAGAGGCUGGAAUGAGGGUGACAUACCUGAAGAAAAACAUAGACGGCAUUCACCUGAAUGCCAAUUUCUAAUUGGGAAUGAUGUCAUAACUGCAGGCAUUGGUGAUAUUCAGAUAGAAGAUAUAUUUAUUGAUAGACUUUUUGAGGAGACGAACAACGAUUUUAUAACUUUACAUGAGAGGCCAGAUUCAGGUAUGUCAAAGGAAAAUAAAGAAAAGGUAGAGAGUAUGAACAACAGGGAGCUGAAUGUACAAAAUGCAGGGGCAAAAACCAUGAAUACAUUUCUACACACUGGCACUAGAGGAUUGUGUGAAAAUGGUGAUACCAGAGGGGACAAUGACACAGCGGGUGCAGAUGCAAUGCCAUUCGAGGAAUACAGCGCUCGACUUCGAUCCUAUAAACAAUGGCCUAAACGUCAAAUAGCUGAUCCACAAAUGUUGGCAAACGCAGGCUUCUAUUACACCGGAAGAGGUGAUAUUAUCCGUUGUUACAAAUGUCGUUUUGAGAUCCGCAACUUGAACGAUGGACUUGAUCCUUGGGAAGAACAUGCACGCCUUUAUCCCUAUUGCGACCAUCUCGUGGAAAACAAGGGUGAACUCUAUGUACAAAGAUUCCAUCAGAACCCCCAUGGUAGAGAUGCUGAGCAAACAGUUCCAAAGGAGCGGCGUGGGCGGGCACACUUUCAAAAGAAAAGGGAUGAACUAUAUGGCUCAGAUCAAUGCGAUACAAAAUGCAAAAAGUGCCUAAGACGGGAGUCCGAUGUGGUAUUCCUUCCGUGUCGUCAUCUGGUGUGCUGCAGACUUUGUGCAGAUGAUUGUUCAGUCUGUAUUUUCUGUUCCAGUCCCAUUAUGGGAAAAAGAAGAAUUUACAGAUAAGACCAUGGAUGAAAUAGCUAUUGCACAAAUAUACUAUAGUUAUACAUUUCCGUAUGACUAAACGUUUUAUUUUUGUACGUGUAACAUGUGUAAACGUUUGGGGAGGCUGCGUUUUCAGAACGUGACUUUCCCUGUUCGACAUUCAUUCUUGUUUUUAUGCUCACAAUUGUGUUGUUUGUGCCGUGUGGCGGCCGUAAAAUCUCUACCUGUACAUUCAAUCAAUAUUGUUAUAUUUUCAUCAAUCAGUGAUUGUUAUGCAUUCUAAACUCUCGGUCUUCGUCAAAAAUGAGAAGUGAUUUAUACGUUAAGGGAGGCUGCGUUUUUAGAACGUGACUUUCCCUGUUGAAUAUUCAUCCUCGUUUUUAUGCUCAUAAUUGUGUUGUUUGUGCCGUGUAACGGCGGUAAAAGGUCUCCCCGUACAUUCAAUCAAUAUUGUUAUAUUUUCAUCCAUCGGGGAUUGUUAUGCAUUCUAAACUCUCGGCCUCCGUCAACGAUGUGGAGUGGUUUAUACGUUUGGGGAGGCUGUAUUUUUAGAACGCGACUUUCCCUGUUGGCUAUUCAUCCUUUUUUCAGUUAUAUUAGAUGUGUUUAGAAUUCUAGAGUAUAUAAAUAGUGUUUCUUGUCUAGUUUAUUAAAAUAUCUUUUCCCUGUUUACAGUUUUAGAAUAAAGAGUAAUAAUAAUUUUUCAA